CAUAUAAUUUUGCCCACCUUUUUAUUAGCAAACCAAUAAAAGUAAAGAGUACAGUUAGCCACAUAACGGUCCGAAAAACAAAGAUUCAAACAUGAAAAGGAAAGGAGAAGCAAUCCAAGAAGAAGAACAAGAAGCGAAAAAAAGGUUAAUCCUCAGUAGCUGUAAAGUGGUAGAGUAUUUGGGUCCAUUAAUGUCUAAAGAUCUUCUCUUCAAGUUCCCCGAUUAUUCCGCUUUCGAUUUCGAUUACUCGCAGAGUUCAAUAUGGUCCCCUUUGGUUCCUCGACUUCACAGUCCUAUGGAUUUAUCAGACUCUGAUUUUAUCACACCUAGAAAACUUAGUUUUGGGUUUGGUAUAAAUUUGGGUAGUAACGAGAUUAAGAAGAGAAAUUCUUGUUCAAAGAAAUUUAAGAAAAUCAAAUUCUUGGCUUCCGGGAUGUCUCCAUCUCCGAGUAAGAAUGCUUGUGUUCCGUUUGCUGCGAAGGGAUGGAAUAAGGUGUUGAAAGCUGCAAGUAAACAUUUCAAGAACAAGAAGAAGAGAGAUUGUGCAGGACAUGUGAAGCUAUCCAAUUAUCUCACUGAUUUUACAAAAUGAACGAUUAAUAAUUGAUUGUUACUUUAUGUAUUUAGCAGUGCAAGUAAAUUGCAGACAGUUCUUCUGUUGUCAAUCGUGUUCAAUAAAUAUUUUAUUUAUUUAUUUA